AUGAUGCUGAAAGAGGUCAGAGAUCUUAAACCAAAUUAUGAUGUGGAAUCCCUAAGGAAGUGUCAGCUCACAGAGUUGUUGAAGAUCUUACUGGCAUUUGUAAUGGAAAAGGAAGCAGAAAUGUUCCAUAUGUUGCAAAAGCAAAUGAAUGAAAUCCACACUCAAACCAGUGAAUCCGAAAAAGAAUAUGAUGAUAAGGACAGGCACAAAGAUUGCUGUGUUAGAGAGCUAGAGGCAGAAGUUAAAAAAUCUGAAGUAGUUACUGAACCAGCUGAAAAUCUUGUACUGAAGAAACAGCUGGAGGAGGGACUAGAGAAACAAAGAGAAUUGGCUAAGGAAAAUGAGAACUUGGCUAUUCAUAUUACAGGUCUAAGAGAAGAAGUCAACAAACUUGUAACUGAAAUCACAAAUUUAACAAAAUCUAUUAAUAUAUUAGUUGCAGAGAAACAUGGCAUAAAUGUUCCAGUUUGUAUUGAAGACUGUGAAAUAGAGGAUUUGAAAAGACAACAGGAUAGGUGCUUACAUGAAAAGACUACUUUGGUUGCAGACUGUAAAUGUAUGCAAGAGCAGCAAGAUGUAAUUUGCAGUGAACAUGAACACAGGAGUCCAAUAAUUAAAAAGGAAAGUUGCCUUGAAAGUCUGCAUUCAGGAAGCCAGUUGCUCAGUGUGGGAGUGGCUGAUAGCAUGACACAAGACUGUCGGAUGGAAGUAUCUGAAGAAGAAAAUUUGAAAGAGCAGUUAGAGAUUUGUAUGGAACAAAAGAUUGCUCUGGAUGAUGAAAACGAGCAGUUGGUGACCCGCAUCCGUGGCCUUGAGAACAUGCUGGGAAUAUAUUGCAUGGAUAAUGACAGUUUACAGAAAUCUAAUGAAGCCCUAGAAGAAGACAUGAAGAAACUU